UAUUAUUUUAAUUAAUUAAUCAAUGUAUUCCCCCUAUAUUGACCCCAAGUCCAAAACUGCCCAAAUAAAACUCCAAACAAGUCAAUUCCUGCCCUAUACAACGUCCCCAUUCUUUCUCUCUCCAACUUUCUCUCUCUAAAAUAAUUUCUCACAGAUCAUCAAAAGAAAAGAAAAGAUAGAACAACAAUGGACAGAGAACAAGAAGAAAUCCAAUUCCUAGGGUUCUUCGGCAUCCUGAAAGAAUCCAUAACAAUAGUUUCAUCAUGGCGGAAGAUCUUCACCCAAAUCACACUCGCCCUAAUCCUCCCCCUCUCCUUCAUCUACUUAGCCCACAUCCAAAUCUCGGAGCUCCUCUUCUCCAAAAUCAUGCUCAACGAAUUCAUCCUCGACAGAACCGCCGAGGGCACCCGCACCCACGACCGCAUCUCCGGCGCCCUCUCGUCGGAGUGGACGGCCUUCUUCCUCUUCAAAAUCGGAUACUUCGUCUUCUUCAUCGUCCUCUCCCUCCUCUCCACCUCCGCCGUCGUCUACACCAUCGCCUGCAUCUACACCGCCAAGGAGAUCGCCUUUAAAAAGGUCAUGAGCGUGGUCCCCAAGGUGUGGAAGAGGCUCGUCGUCACUUUCAUCUGGAACUUCGUCAUCGUGUUCGCGUACAACGUCGCCUCGUUAAUCGCCCUGUUUUUGGGGGCCGUGUUGUUCGGGUCGGUUCCGGUUAUCGGGACGCUUUUUCUGAUCCUGUUUGGGGUUUGUUACUUUGUUGGAUUCUUUUAUAUAACGAUAGUAUGGCAUCUGGCUACCGUGGUUUCUGUGUUGGAGGAGAGCUACGGGUUGAACGCGAUGGCGAAGAGCCAGGCGUUGAUCAAGGGGAAGAUGUGGGUGUCGUUUGCGGUUUUCUUCGUCGUCGGCGUUUUCUUCUUCGGGAUUCAGCUGAUCUUCGAGUUUCUUGUUGUGGUGGGUGGUGAUGGAGAAGGGGUUGGUGCUAGGGUUGGAUUUGGGAUUUUUUGCCUUGUUUUGAUGUCGAUUUGGAUGCUAUUCGGACUUAUUACGCAGACGAUUAUUUACUUCGUAUGCAAGUCGUAUCAUCACGAAAAUAUCGAUAAGUCGUCGUUGGCUGAUCAUCUUGGGGGUUAUCUUGGGGAGUAUGUUCCUCUUAAAUCUAAAGAUGUUCAGCUUGAGCAAUUUGAAGUUUGAUAUUUUUAAAUUUUUCAAUUUUAAUUUAAAUUAUUGGGGUUGUAAUUAGUUGUAAUGUAUGUCUCCACUCUCCAUGCUUUCUAUUGUUUCAUCUUCAUAUAUAUAUACAGAAAACAAGAAGAGAAAAAUAAAAAAAAA